GUUUUACACAUCCAUUCAUUUCAUAACUUUAUUUUACUUAACAAAAUGUUUUCCAAACAUUUCCUACAAUUUCUAUUGUGUUGCCAAUCGAUGGCAUUGUUUUCACUCGUAUUGUGUGAGAAAACGUGGAAAAAUAUUUUACCCGAUAAUUACAACAUAGAUAUCGCGCCUACACUUAAUGAACAACCAGUUCUUGUGAACGUGUCCAUGUCCGUGCUAAACCUUAAACCGGAUGCCGGUGCUUCGGAGUCUUUUGUUGUGGACUUUUUCUAUCAACUCUAUUGGUAUGACCACCGGUUGACAGCACCGGCUACUGAAAAGGUGACUCUGGGCUCCCAAUGGAAAGAUAAACUAUGGACUCCUGACACUUAUUUUAGGAACAGUAUGAGUGGUGGUAUUCCCAGUGUUUUGCACCCCAGUGUAUACUUUACAAUAACUAAUAGCACCCAGGUGUUUAUGGCGGCCCGGUUCCAAUUGAAACUCAGUUUAUCGCAAACCAUAGACGAUGUACGGCUGGAUUGGGACAACUUCCGGAUCGGCUCCCAUGUGGUGCUCCCGGAGUUCGAGAUAAUCGACGGCGCGAUCGGCGAGUGCGUCAAAUCCUUUCAGGGACUGGGAGUCUAUAGUUGCCUGUAUGUCAUCAUCCAUUUCCAGCGAAACAUCGGCAACUACCUCAUCAAACGCUACGUCCCGUCCGUACUCAUCGUCACCAUGACAUUCAUCGGCUUCUGGAUCCCCACGCAAGUGACACCCGCCCGGGUGUCCCUCAUCAUCACAGCCCUGUUGGCACUCAUAGCCCAACAAAUACAGGGGGAGAUCAACAUCUCGUACAUCUAUGCGCUGGAGGUGUGGACUAUAAUAUGCAUUGUGUUUGUUUUCGCCACACUUAUCGAGUACGCGGUGGCCAUAGCCUGGCCUCAUAUGACCCCCGACCCCAACGGUCAACAGAAUCGCAUCGACGGUAAUAAUAGGAUCGCCAAAAGGCUGGUGGCGUUCGUGGCACCCGAUCAGCGUAAUAAUGAGGUGGACAAGUAUGCCCGGGUGGUGUUCCCGUCGUGUUUUAUUAUAGCUAUUUUUAUUUAUAGCAUUAGUUAUUACUUUUUAUAAUUAUUAUAGUAUUAGUCAAUGUUUAU